GUUUUGGCGGCCAUUACGCGUAGCUACUUGAGCGAUUUGAUUGGCUGGUUCCUCACAUUCAAAAUUCUACCUGAAACUGACAAAGUAAUGUGAACGUUACUGAAGCGCUUCAUGGUCCAAAAUGGAAUCAAACUCAUAAUGUAGGCCCCAAAUCGUUCACUCUUGUCUCUCUUCAGAUCGUUAGGAGAAGAAUGGGCCCAUAUAAACUGCUGUGGUAACAGACAGAUUAUUUACUUUGUUAUUUUAAUUCAUCCAAAGUAAACGGCACGGCGAUAACCAUCGACGAGGACGCCAACCUGGUUGUUCGCGCCAUAAUGGAGGAUAAGAGCGACAUCGAGAAAGACGGUAAGGUAAAUAUAUUAUCGUUAGUGUAUUAUGUGUUACAUUAGCGUUGUAAUUCAGAAACAAGUUCAGUUUAAUGUCGGGGUAAGUCUAAUUAAUGUUAGUUGGAGAUUGGCAGCUGCCAGUUAAACGGAGGUGCCGCCAUCUUAACAGUUAUUUAUGUAACGGAGUCUGUAAGAAGUGAGGUUGUUUUUGUACAUUCAUAGGUGUUUGCAUCUGGAGACAAAGUUGGGAUUUUCUUUUUGACAAUAUUGUUUGUUAAAGUUUUAAAGGGUGAAUUAAAAUCGCUUAGUUACACACGUCCAGUGAUGUUAAAUGUUAAAGUCCAAUAUAGCCGCAGAAACCAUGACCACCAGCAUCAGUACCCCCUCAGUCAGUCAGUCAGUCAGCCCCCCUCCUGUCCUCCAGCUCUUCCGAUCACACUCCCUCCCCCCCGCCUCCUCGCUCCUGCCCGGUUAACACCUGUCUGUUGUCUGGAGGAUGACCCUGCAAGGUUUCGGAUACAGAACAUUUCCUCUCAUCCGGACUGAACACGGUGAGAAAGUGUGUCAUGGCUCAAGGGGUAAAUGGAGCAUAACAGAUGAUGAAGGUGAGCGCUACAACACGAGUAAAUACAAGUGAGCGUCUCCACACGAGCAGUCCUCCUGUUGUCCGCCAGAUGGACCCGGCUGACAGCAAACAAACAGCACGCAGACAUCCACAAACUGCUGCAUCUCCACUGGAUUCACUCCAUAACCCAGACGACCUUGCCGUCUCCCCCACAUCACGUUUCCAAACAGGUUUUGGCUUUGACAUUAAACCCACUGUGGAGAGCCACGACGCAAGACCUCGCUUGUUCUUCAGAGAAAUAAGCCUGCGGCCACAUGCGGGCUAUUUAUAGCCCUGCUCUAAAACAGUGAUAUACAUAGACUUCCACCAACAGGCAAAUUUGUUACAUUUCGGGUCAACAGGCUUCAUAUACUGUUGACAUUCUGCAGCUGGCAGCCUGUGUUGAGGUCAGUCUGCAGCCCAACAGCUUGUUUUCCUACCAAAACCUGUGCACAGUCCCUUCAUUUCAACCCAUCCCACUGAAAUGAGUAGAUGACUUUCACAUUUUUAGGAAAACUUAGCAACGUUCAGUCUUUUCUCCUGUGAAACUUACUCAAAUUUACUGACUUUCCGCUCAUAAUUGUUGUUGUUUAGACUAGACUAAACCUUUAACCCUAGAACUAGAGCUGCACGAUAUUGGAAAAAACUAACAGUGCAAUUUUUUUUAACCCUGCGAUAUAUAUUUUCUCAUUUUGCAACCGUUGUUGUCGUUACCGGUGUUGUCCCGAAAAAUGCAUGUCCGCUGACAACUGCAUGCACCUCGCAAAACGCGCACCGCUUAUAGUAGAGUGAUCCACUGAAAUGUACGAUUUAUAACCCAUACAGUUCUUAUUUGUGGGGACAAACAGUGAUAAGUAAUGUUCGCAAAGUCGUUCUCGUGUUUCGCGGCUCAACGCCAGCGACUCACUACAUGUGAAGGGGCGUGGUUUCCUCUUCUCUGAUUUUGAUUGACGACUGGCAGGGUAGUCUGAUUGGCAACUGAGUAACGAACGAAUGUGAUUGGUGGAUCGCUGCACAGCACAUGCAGAGUCACAUGCAGUGUAUGUCAGUCAGCUACCCUUGAAAUUAGAUGAGUUCAUUCUCCUCCGACAUCGCAGGCUCUGCAUGUGACUAUCGCACACAUGUACAUGACGAUGCUCAAACAAUAUAUCGUGCAGCCCUACCUAGAAGACUAUCGUCGGGUGAUUUUCACCCGAUCAAACAUAUUUACAUGAUUUUCAUCAUGUUGCGUUUGUCUUAAUUUGUCAUGUAUUGUCCUAUUUUGAUAUAUUUUGAUGAGAGGUACUUUUUCUUGUGUAUUUCGUUUUGGGUAAAAAUCACCCGGCGAUAGUGAUGGUGUUACUAAUUUUAGCGACAGUGUUCUGGGGUUAAUGGUCACACAGGUAGUGGGGGUUCACUGUCUGAGAAGGGCAAGCAAUUGGGUCAAAUGAGUCCAGCAGAGGUUAUGACAGACUGUCCUACAUUGGGUUAAUCUGUGGCUCUGCAGACCCACAUGCUUGUAGCUACUUUAUUUUUUCUUGGAAGCACGUCUUACCUGAAUUAUUUGGUUUUUGUGAAGGCAUUGUUUACAACCAGCAGCAGCUUCUAGAAAUUGUUGCCCCCUGACAUCAGCUAGCUCAGGGCCCCUAACAGUAAAUAUCUGUAAUACUUGACAUGUUCCAGGGGGCCUGUCCAGCUCUGGGCUCUGUGAAUCACUCAAAGAAAGUAAUGGCUUCAUCCUGCAGGCACAAGCCCUUUUUUUGAAUUAGAUACAGCAAAACCUUUUUACAGUCAGGCGCUGACGUAUCUGCAGGAAAAAAUGCUGCAUUUGAGCGAAUAUAUAUCAGAAAGGGAGUGACGGUGCUGAUUUUUAACGCAAAGAUUUUAGUGGAAAGUGGCUUUAAAUUUAAAUUCAGCAGAUUAAAAAAUGCACAUUCUGAUCUAUAAAGCAGAAAGAUAAGCCCCGGUUUAAUGCCUCUUAAUUUGAAAUUGAUGCAGUCGUGAGGUUUCCCACUACUAGGAGCUGCUGGUCUGACAGCAGGCAACAGAUCAGCGAGCGGAUCACCAACAUUAGUUUUCCUCCUGAAGGAGUCAGCUGAGUCUGACGCUGGAACAGCUGCUCUGAGACACUCUGUCUCUGCAGCCGGCCAAAGGGCGACUGCAGAAAGCUCCUGUUGAUAAAGAGUUAGACCUGUGCAUGUUUGUCUUUGUGUGAAAAUGAAAAUAAAAAUGCAUGGAUAGAUAAAGAGAGAGGUGGCUAGAUAGAAAAGCAGCAGGUUACAUCUAUCUAUACCCACUUAAUAGAGGCUUCACCUGGAUAGGCUGGAUGGUGGAGGAGAGCGAGGCUGCUGGAGUAGCAAGAGUCCUGCUGUGUGUCCAUCAGUUUCAAAUAAUCCCCGCUGCUGCUGAAGCGUCCUUGAGUCACAUGUUGAACCCCUGCCUGUUCAGAGACACACCUGACUGCUGUUGCACUCAAAACUACAGUGAAUAUAUUCCUGUAAGUCCCUAAAAUACAACUGUCUUUGAUCCACAGUCUAGAUUAUGGCAUCCAAACAGCUCAGCAGUGGGACAAACAUGGACUUACAGCCUGCAGCAUCCACUGUCACCACACUCCCUUCAAGAUGGAUACAGCAAAGGUGAGUAUUCUCCAAGUUGUUGUUUUUAGUGUUCAGGGUAUAUGAGGGAAUGACAAAUAGUCUUCAAGAGGAUAAGACGUUGCAUUUGUAGAAUAUUAGAUGAAUGUCAGAGGGAUACAUAGCAGCAGAGUGUAUUUGUGGACUUGUAUGAUGAAUUAGAGGAGCCUCACAGGAGGAAAGAGUAAAAUAUUAGCAUCAGGGAAAGUUGCAGAAAGCCUCAAAGAGCUAUAAAGAACAAUGAAAGACAUUAAUCAAAAAAAGGAAACAGAAGACAGCAAACCCGAUUGUUGCAUGGAAAAAUACACUAUAUCAUACUUUUCGAUGCGAGUCUGGUGUGGUGUGGAUGGAGUACACCUGCUCAUAAAUGUUUCAAAUAACAAACAUAUCCUGUACAGAGCAGACUGUAAAACAUGAAGCAUGGCAGCAAUCUUACACAUGGAACAUACUGUAGACUGGCGGUUUUCAUUAUGAGUUAGUUGGUUACUGAUGACAUCCCUACUAGAAGACAACCCUACAUCACCUCAAACCAAACAUUAACACACUUGGUAAUUGGUGUACAGUAGGGCUGGGAAAAAGUUUCCCACAAUAUAUUUUUUUUCAUAUCAAUCGAUAUCGAUUUAUAUCAAGAUACUCCAUGAAAAAGACUUGAGGUAUCCCCUGACUUUGCGGGAACAUGUACUUUACAUAAUUUACAGUACACACAUUACUCUGCUUUAUGCCUCACGUCAAAAAAAAUAUUUGAGAUAUUUGGUUUUAAUGAACAGGCAUCAGUUUUAGGGGUUCAUUCAAGCUCAUCCAGGUUACUGAAAUCUAGGGCUACGCAAUAUGGGGAAAAGUUUAACACAAUAUUUUUUUUAAUAUCAGUCGAUAUCGAUAUAUAUCAUGAUAUAAAAAAACAUUUGUCAAUCUUAAAAGUUCCCUGUUGCUCUUAAAUAAAAUUUAAAAUGUACUUGACAUAAUUUGCACAUUACUCUGCUUCAUGUCCGACCUGAAAAAAAAACAAAAUUCCUUCACACCACCAACAUUUUUCUGCAUUUUUUGAUAUCGUUAUCGUUGUAUCGCCCAGCCCUAGCAUACAGGUUAGGUAAUGGUGAAGUAAUUAAGUUUAAUAUCACUUCUGAAGCACGUUUUAAGACUUAAAUGGCAGCAGGAGACACAGCAGUAGAUACCCAAACACACUGAGAGAUACCCCAGUCCAAAUAUUAAAAAUGAGCCCAGAACAAAAACACAGAAAAAGAGGAUUUUCAGCUGUGACUGGAGGCCCCCCAUGAGAAUUAGCUGACCUGAGUCCCAGGAGGGGACUGUUCUACAUUCUGGGACUCAGGACAGAAAAGGCACAGUCCUCAUGUGCUUCCAGUCCUGAAUGAGAGAUGAGGAGCAGACCGCUGUCAGAGGACACAGUAAAUAUUUCUCUGCAGUGAGACAUCAGAAGUCUGAUAAAUGAAGCGAAGGAGUUUAAUUGAAUCUCAAAGCAAGUGUUACAACAAAUAAAGCAGGUAGAUACGAGUCUGUUUUGAAUUCUCGGUGGGUAAUCUUGCUCCAGAAAUUAGGAUGGAGUGUCGGUGGUUUACUGCACAUUGGUUCAUGCAGAUAUAAAGAGUCUUAAUUACAGCAGCCUUUUCAGGAGGACACUGAAGCAUGAAUAACCAUUUCCAGCUGGUAGAAGGAUAACAGUGGAAAUAUUUUUUUGCGAUUAUAAUAGCGCUGAAAGUAGCGGGACUGAAUCAUUGCUUUGACGUCUUUGUCAAAUUUCAGUAUGCCAAAUAGAGAAACCGACAUUUUCCGAGAAAUAUCAUCUGUUAGUAAACGAAACCUGUAGAGCUGGUGGACGUUUGGAAGAACUCCUCUCAGUCAAAAGUCUGAGCGUCACUUCAGUUUUCCUGUGAUAUAAUGAAUAAAUUCAGAGACACUCUCUCACUGGUGUAGAAGAGUUCAGUUUGAAUAUUUGAAAAUGGACUGUAUCAGUAAAUCUGUGUAUCGUCAGCAUAACAAUGAUAAAACCCAGCAACAAUGACACUGGAUAUGAUGGAGAAAAUGUCUAAAUAAAGGUAAAGGGUCACACAAUUAAGGAUAGCAAUAUGAUACCCAUGUAUAAGGUAAUAUAAGACUGUAAAACAACAUAACACACUAUAAUACAGUGGUUAAGUUUAAUGUUCAUGUUCUAUUUGAGUACAACCUCAAUCCAAAAUUAGAGACUCAAGUCAUGUCUAAAAAUUGAUUAUGUCCAACCUACAGUUGUGAACAAAAACAGCAAAUAUGAAACUUUUUAGAAACUGAAACUAAAAGAACUUAACAGAAAAAAAACUGAUUUUAACGGUAAAGAAAUUGACAACAAUUAAUCCAACAACUGGGAAUUAUUAGCUCAUAUUUCAGACUCUUUGUUCUGGAGUGAAAGUUGAAAGUGUUUUGAAUUCACAUGCAGAGGGUAUCAAGGUGCUGCAGCCUGUGGGGAAUAAACAAGAUUAUGAGUCACUUUGUCUUGACAUUGGGGAUUAGGAGCCGCCAUAAUGUUCAGAGGGGAGGAGGCGAGAAUGUUUAAAGUACAUUAGACAUAGGGGGUGUCUAUCAGCUUUAUAGCAACGUUAAUGUGAAGCAGCUGUGACAGUGAGGCUGUUUUUACUGAGUGGUAACCUCACAUUACAUCACAGGAAGAUGUCUGAGUGACUGAACACGGAGAAGUAAAUCCCUGUGGCAGGAUUUUUCUGUCAUCUCGACACAAAUCUGUUUUUAUCUAAAACAAAAACAUUCCUACUGAACCUUCCCGGGUACGUCGUUCAGUAUGUGGGAGAAUUCCUUUAAAUGGCUGCUAAACAUAAUGAUACAGCUUAAAGAAUUUCACAUCUUUUCCUCCGGGGUGUUUUGAAAACACAGCAGAAUGAGGAUUUCGCUUAGCGCCGCUUUAGAUCUCCCCCACUCAGGAGUAUACAAGAGCAAAGGGGCACCGGCAAUGAAAUUAUCGUGUUGUUUCCUUCUCAGCGGGUGAUUAUUUGAUCAUCAGGAACCACUCGGUGCUGAGAUCAUGCUUUCAUGUUGGGUGGGUGCUGUAGAAGGGAGAUAACACCUGUCUUGGCGUGCAAAAACACAGAGAUGGAGUUUGUAUGAAAGCCGAUAGAUCCCAUAAGCUUGUUAGAUUAAACCAAAUUAUGAUUUAAGAUAUUUUUAAAUAGAGAAAAGUGGGCAGUCCAGCAUGGUUGGUGAUUGUCUAUUGUUAUUGUCUAUAAACACAAAGAAGGGACGCGCUACAGAGAGGACACCUGCGACCCCGGACUUGGCAGACUCGGGGCUCUGACUAAUUGUGCUGCAAUUUGAGACAUUUAUUCACAUUAUACAUAAUAUGUGGAAGAUGUACGGCUGUAAUUUAUCAAAUCGCUCUGCCUCACAGUCUCUGCAUACUGAUGCUGACGUGAACUGGAGUGUUGUACAAGUUUAUAUUCAGAAGGCGGGCUGACUACAGCUGACCUGUGGUGACCCCUCAUUCUGCUCCUCAGACUCACAGAAACAAAGAGGAGUCUGAGGAACAGAAACAUCGCAAACUGUAUGUCUUAAAAAUAGAACUCCAGGGAUAAAUUCAGCCUCUUUUUUUAAUGACUCUUACGGGUGAUGAAUUUUAAUGUGAAAUUUAACAUUUGGAUGAGUUUGGAUUAUUUUGUAUUUAACCUAACAGCCUGCAGUAAAACAGGAGGAGUUUAAUACAACCCUCCGGUGCUCUUUAUAAGCGCCUGCUUACUGUGGAGACGCUGCAAAUAUACCAGACAAAGCUAAACAAGUUUGGUUUGAAAAAUAUCUCCAGUCAAAUUGAAUUUUAUAUGAACUUAAAUAAUUCAAUAUUCAGGAGAUGUUGUAGUCUACAAAUAGAGGCUGAACAGAGAUUAAAAAUCAAUUCGGAACAGGACGAGGGAGACAGAUGACUCGGUCGAUCUUUUUAGCCUUCAGUCAUCAUGAUCUGGAACUGACAAGAGGCGAGAUGAUCAAUAUGUGUAGCUGGGAUCAGUAUGAUGAUGAGACAUUGUUGGACUCGACUGUUUCCGUCGUUGGCAUGGUUUCUGCGCUCUCUGCCUCUACGCUUUCAAAAAAAAAAAAUUGGUGCCUGGAAAUUUAGGUUAUCGCUGCUUCAGUUUGGAAUGAGACCCAGAAGCAAGAUCAGCAGGUAGGAGUGAUAGUGCAAAAGCAGCCUUUACUAGUCAAAAGGGAGAAUAUAGGUCAGCAACAGGUAGGCAGGCAGCAGAGGCAAACAAGACCAGAGGGGAUCAGGCAGGCAGCCAAGAUACCAAAAAACUUGCUGGGUUCAAAGGCACCAACACAGGCAGGCAGGCAGGCAGGUAGAUACAGAAACGAGGCUGCAGUGGAAAAUUUGGAGUAUUACAGACUCACUUGGUGGUUUGUAGUGUUGGGCUGAUAAUGGGGUAAAGACUUGGACCCGUAAAGAGAACUGUGUUGGAUAAAGGGGAAAAACACUGGGGUGAUGAUGGCUGGAUCAGUUUUAGGGCUGGGCGAUACGGCCUCAAAUCAAUAUCAGGAUAUAUUGUGCAGUUCACCUCGAUAACGAUAAACGAACGAUAACUACUCCACAAGCUGCUCACCCCCUCCCACAUUAACUUCGUCUACUUCAGCCGCUCCAACUUUUGAACCGUCCUCCAUCUCCUCACCUGUCUUUCCCUCUUUGUUACGGAUGUCUGAAAGGUUUUGUAGUCAGGAUCUGAGUUAGUUCCAGUUUUUAGGAGAAAUCUUGAAUGUAAACUCUACCCCUCACAACCAGUUUUCCCCUCAGCUCCUCCUCUCCCCUCAAGCCCCGCCCACAAACAGACGCUCCUGCUCGCUCGUAUCGUUCCAAUUAAAUUCAGAUAUAAUGCAGAUAAAUACUUCAGAUCAUUACAAAUGGGGCCCAGUCAAGGUGAAAGUCAAAAGCAUUGGUGCUACUGUAGAUGCCAACAGACUACCAGCAAACACAAUGUUUGCAGGACUUCUACAACGAGGAUAAAGUGACAUAGUCCAGGACCCGAGGGAGGACAGUUUAGCGAUGGCGCUACAACACGCUACAGCAGGUCCGUUUGACAAGAAACACUUCUGUUACAGACACUUGUCUUACUUUGUUAAAGCGGUUUACCUGUCCAGCAGAAAGGUUACAGGGUCACCAAGAUCCCCAAGCGUCCCCCAUCGUUUAUGUUGACCCGGCUUUUUAGCUCUUGUCCGGUCUACCUCCGUUUUAAGCGCCCGUUAUUCCUCCAGAGUCUCCGGUAUUUACUUUGUUUUCUUGCUUGUGUCGGCAGUCGUGGCCAAAGGAGGAUUCAGACAAUUUUCCGAACUUUCUGGUUGGUUUCUACUGUCCGAUAUUGUAGCACGCUAACUUUGUUUGGGCUCCUGAACGUUAUUCGAGGAUGUGGAGCGUGCCUCAUAACAUGAGGGAGCAGCGUCCGCCUCACAACCAAUCAGGUUGGGGGAGGUGGGGAAUGGCUGACCGCUCAAAUAAUGUUAAAAUGUUGACUAUACAGACAUAAGAGAACACAGAGAUAUCAUGAUAUUCCCAAAUGUCAUCAAUAACAAAUAGAUAUUGACUGAUGAUAAAAGCUUUUUUGUAUAUACACCACAAAAAAAGAUGCUUCUUUCACAGAAUCCUGCCUACCCCACCUUUAAAGGGACAUGAGACCAUAGUGUACCGACACACACCCAAAACCAACUUUUAUUUCUUUAUUUUUUGACCCUAAAAAUACCGAUAUGGGCAAAAUGACAUCGGUUGUUGUGGUAAUUUUCAGUGUCGGUAAAUUUUUGGUUUACCGCCCAGCCCUAAUCAGUUUCAUGGCCGAUUCGUCAGUAUAGGCUACUGUCAUCUGCUUUUGUGAGGGCACUGCAGAUUCGAUCCCAAACCGUCCUCGUAAUUUUAGACCAUUUUUUAAUCCUCAAGAUUAAAAAACCUGGAUCAUUAAGUCAUUCGUUUCUGUGCAAGAACAGCCAACAAAUAGGAGAAAGAGAGAAAGAGACGCGGUUAAUGAUGGUGAUUUCAAGCAACAGUAAACACAGUCGCCCUCAGGCUUGUAUUUGUAAGUAUGCUACCAUUUACAGGAAACGCACAGGUUUAAUCUUAUCCAGAGUGUGCCAAAGAAAAGACAACCUGUGCCAACAGUACCCCCCCCCUAAAUGUUUAGUCAUCCAGACGUGUUCAGCGGCGCUCCUCUUUCUUUCUGCAGAGCAUCACAUGAGCAGAGUCUCAUCAGUCUAGAUUACAUCUGCUUCAUCAUCAGGUCGAGUGAGAUCAUUGAGGUUCAUGUUAGGUGAUAGGUACCCCCACCCCUCUCCUCCAUCCUUCCCCGGUACAAUAAUCUUAAUAAUAAUAUUCUGUAAUGAGAUCUCCUCGACUAUAUUGAUGUCUUGCAGCGUGCUCAUGGCUGAGAUUAGAGAGCAGAAGAUCUGUGAAGUGUCUCUUGUGUGUUCGAACCAGAUUUUUGUAAUCAGUCAGGAUUUUAAAACUCUGGUUUUCUGGGUCCAGCCUAAUGGACACUUCAGAAGAGGAAUAGCUGUGCAUAAAAUCCCAGCAGCAGAAGAUGGAUGAAUCACUGUAAAGCACACUGUUAUAUAAAAUACAUUGUUCUCCCCAUUUUGAGGCAAUAUUGCAGCUUUAAAAUUUACAUAUCACUGCAACAAUUCUGGAGUGAGACCCAGAGGCAGAAUCAGUAGGUGGGAGUAAUAAAAAAAAAUCACCAGUGAAAAAAGUAGGAUGGUCGGAAACAGGUAGGCAGUCAGCGGAGGCAAACAGAACCGAGGGACCGGGCAGGCAGCCAAAAGCCAGGAAAGUAGCCGGGGUCAAAGUCACUGGAGUCUGCCGUUUCACAUAGUUGGGUUUAAUUUAGCGGAAACAAGAACAUUGCUUUCGAAAUGUGAUGUUUGUCCUGAAGUCAAUGGGUAAAGAGUGGAUGGAAUAUCGCAUUUGAUAACAGCAGAGUAGGAAGGGGUGUUCCCAGCUGGUAGGGCUGCACGAUUUUGGCCAAAAAUAAAAUCCAGAUUUUUUUUCUCUGAAAACUCGACUUUCAAUUUUCGAUUUUUUUUAUUCAGUGACAACUUCACCAAACUUCACUUUAAUAAUAAAAAGUUUUUCCAUCAUCUCUCAAAACCAAACCACUGAAAACAAUGUAGUGUAUAUGCCAAGCCAGUAAGUGGCGCUGUAACGCUGCACAGGAAAUGCACAAAAGACAGAAGAAGAGUACAGAGCAUGUGUAUAAAGGUUGUUUUAGCGCCAUAAAAAAGUAACGCUGUGUCACAUGAUCGUUUCCACAGAUGCAGAUAGACAUCCACACGGAGAUGAAAUGGUCGUCGUUUACAGAUUUAUUCACUCUCUGACCCGUUUUCAAAAAGUACCGUUUACAGUCACCUGAAACGCCGAUACGACAAAAAACUUUAGUGUUUCCUCCUGAAUUACUUUCCGUGGUGACGGGUUGAUACCGCCUUCAGACAGACUUUACAGCGGGGAGUGGUUUACUCUUCAUCUGAAACUGUGAAGUCGUACCAUGUCCACACGACUGACUCGCUCUUGUCCUAUUUAACCACAAAAUUAUCGCCUUCUUUUGCAAACGCCAUGUUUGUUUACACUGGUGUGUGUGGGAAUUGGAGGCGUGAGACAUGAUAGAGAGAAAAAUCGAUUUGAGGAUUUUAUUUUCUUAACAUUGUCGUGAUCAAAUAAUCUGAUCAGGAUUUAAAAUUGAUUUAUCGUGCAGCCCUACCAGCUGGUUUACAUUAGUAUCUCUAAGCUGUCUAAAAAGUGUGGCCUUCCUAAAACCCCUUCACCCUCUAGUCUGACACAUCUUUCAGUUUAUAGGCCUUGAUUUUGACAACGAGGGUGGGCGACAUAUUGGAAAGGCUAACUCAACCUAAAUAUGGAGGUGGUAGAAAGGCUGGCCUUUGUCCUGGGCACUAACAGCCCUAAAGUCAGCCAUAGUCCUAAUUACACAGAACAUACAGCCUUGAUAUCUUCAAAGCGAAUGAGUUAUGAUGAGAAAAAUUCAGCCUCUCUGUAAUGUGUGGGAGCAGAGAAAUGAGCAGCUCAGACCAGAAUCAUUUUCAUAACAGACUCUAUUUUGUUUGAUUCUUGGAGAGAUGUUUUUUUUAUUGGGUGGGUCUGUGGCUGACAGGACUUUUGGAGUCACCCUCAUGUGGACACAGGAGACAUUUCACAUUUUUCAAGACUGGAGCUUGCUGUUUGGUUGUAAAAAAAAACACAUCCGAUAAAGGGCGCCAUUCAAGGUUAGGAGUUGCUGAAAAUAGACGCGGGGACAGAGCAGGAGGAAUUGAUUAUUUAUCUAUAAAAGUUAAGUUUUUAUCCAACUAGAAUCAUCCCUCACAAAAACACUAUUCCUGCAGGUGGUGUAUGUUUGGGCAAAAUAUACAUGAAGGGGGAAAAACUAAGCAGGUUUCUGUUUUCCCCCGGACCAAGAGGAGUUCUCCUUGUUUUUUGGAUUGUUUGUGAUCCACCUGAAUGAGAGGUGUUAUCAGUCAGCAGCGGGAAUGACCUCAAAUGGACUUUACUCAUAAUGGAGGGGGGGUUGGUAGGGCCUCAGACUUCCCUUCCUUUCCCUGACAGCUAACACCCCACCAACACCACCACCACCGGCAAUCUUCACACCUAUUUCCACUUCCUGCACUUCCUCCGCAAUUUCCAGAGACGUGUUCAGUCCUGACACAAUCAGGACUUUCCUGGAAACAGAAACGGGGGUUUGUUGAAUACUAUAGACCCGCUCUUGAUGCAGAUAUAAAAUGAAAUGAUUUAUACUCAGGUGCUUCUACACUAAAACAUUGUGAUAUAAUUCAAUUUCCACCAAGUCUGCUCUGCUAUAACUUCAGUUACAGCUCAAACUCGGGCUUUAGUCAUUGGUCCAGGAGCCCAGAGAGAGAAACUGGACACUAAACUCAGAGCACUUUCUUCAAACCGAAGUCAGCAGGUCAAAAAUCACCGAGUGAUAUUCAAUUUAGACUUUAGCUUUGAGCCACACAUUAGAGAGAUAUCUACAAAAGUAUUUUACCACUUGAAAAAUAUUCCCAGAGUGCGACAGUUUCUCUCUGAAGCCGAUGCAGAGACGUUAGUUCAUGCUUUUAUAACCUGUAGAGAUGACCAUUGAAACACUCUUCUUUCUGGUCCACCUAAAAUGAACAUCUCACAGCUUCAACUGCAAGACCAGAAAGAGAGCCCACAUUAAACCCAUUUUAAAGUCUCUGCUUUGGCUUCCAGUAUCCUAUAGGAGGGAUUUUAAAGUUCUUUUAGUGUUUUUUAAAGCUCUCAAUGGUUUAGCUCAGGUCUGUUUAUCAGAUUUGAACCUGUGAGAGCUCUUAGGUCUUCAGGUCACAAACAAAGCUGUACAAAUUAUCUGAGAGCUAACCAUCUCUAACUCUAAUAAUGUAAUGGAUGAAGGAUUUAAAGCUACUGUUAGAAAUGAACGAUGCUACGUCUCCAAAAUGAGACCACCAAAACCAAAAUUUACAGUUUUAAAUACGUUGAUAUGCCUUUGUCAGUUUAUUCUAGGGCUGGACGAUAAACCGAAAAUUCACCGAUACCAAAAUUUCUGACAAAAACAGAUGUCAUUUUGCCCAUAUCGGUAUUUUCGGUGUCAGAAAUUAAAUAGAUAAAAGUUGGUUUUGGACGAGUGUAGGUAGGUAGGCUAUGGCCUCAUUUCCAUUUUUAAAGGGCGUAAAAUUGAUUUAGGGUCAAACACACCAUAACAUCGACUUAGACCCCCCCUCCAGAGAUGAAUGUUGUCGCCCGCUUGCUUCUCUAGUUAUACCAACUUUAGUAACGACCGCAGGAUAGCAAUACACAGCGGUCUGAGGAGCCAUAAACAAACCUCAACCAAAACGCCACAAAUAAUGCUCAGAACAGCACCUAACUUCAUCAACAGGACAUAUAGGGUCCUAAGGCAGAAGAACUACCGCGUCUGCAGUGAAAAUGACUAAUGAUGAUUAUUUCUUCAAGGAAAUGAUAAAGAAAUGAUCAUAAACGUUCUUCUAGGUGCUGUUCUGAGCAUUAUAUGUGGCUAUAGAGUGGCGUUCUGGUUGAGGUUUGCACUUGGAGAGGUAGACCGCUGUGUAUUGUUAUCAUGCGGUCUUUACUAAAUUUGGUAUAACUGCAGGAGCAUGCAGUCGUCAACAUUCAUCUCUCGAGGGGGUGUUUAACUCGGUGUUACGGUGUGUUUGACCAUAAAUUGAUUUAACGCUGGAAUAUCCCUUUAAGACGCUGUCCUACGUCAGAGACGUGACUCCACCCCGUAACAAAGAGGGAAAGACAGGUGAGGAGAUGGAGGACGGUUCAAAAGUUGUAGCGGCUGAGGUAGACGAAGUUAAUGUGAGAGGGGGUGAGCAGCUUGUGGAGUAGUUAUCGUCCAUUGAUAGUUAUCAAGGUGAACUGAUCAAUAUAUCGUGAUAUUGAUUUGAGGCCAUAUCGCCCAGCCCUAGUUUACUCCGCUUUCAUGAGGACAAGACAAAACCAGUAACUCUUUCUUUUUUCAUCUGAGUUUACAACAAGCAUUAAAAACGUUGUCCAUGUUGUCCCUCCCUGUUGGUCUUGUUUGAUUUUGUAAGUCAUAGUGAAGUAUUUGUGUUUGUUUCAGUCUGUUGUGUAACCAAAAAAGUAAAAAAAACUCCUCACAGGAGCUUUAAGUUAUCAGCAGCAUCUUUAUCUCUUCUGCUACUUUCCCUCUAAUCUCGAAUGCCUCCGGAAAAAGGUCUAUCUACUGUGUGUCAGAUGAAGUUGUUGUCAUGGCAUUCACAGAAUACGACUAUUUAUAAAAAGGCUGUUCUGGAGAAGAUUUACAGGGGCAGAUUUUACUGUUUCAUAUUCAGCGUUCAGAAAUAUUUCAUACAGUUUUCACAGCAGCUGAGCAAUAGAAGGGGAGAAUUAUAUACCAGAGAGAUGCACUCAAUAACAACCCCCCCUCCCCAACAAACAAACACACAUCCCACAUAUUUCAUCUGUGGGGAAGGCAUGGGUCUCUCUGCUGCUCGCUGCUGGCCCGCAGGUCCCUGUUGGCCACUCGUGAUGGUCAGUCCACCUACGCCUGCCAGUGGCAGAAAUACACAGGCAAUAACAAUCACUAUCAGGCUGUAGAGGAGAGCGGGAGCCGCCGCCGCCGCCACAUUCAUUGUUUUCAGCUAAUUGUACAUACAUAACACAAACAUUGGCACGUGACGGAUUAUCUCAAACAUUUAGUGAAAGCUGUUUUCUUUUCAAACUUUUGUGUCUCUUUCACAGCAGCACCCCUGUGUGGGAGGAGGAAAUGAUGAGGUGUUGCCGGCGGCAGCUGGGAAAGUCGGAGGAAGAGUUAAGACACAGCUGGAGUGAGUUCACCUCAUUUAGACAUGACACAUUCACUCCUUCACACACUACCUAACACACGUUCCUGCAUAUGCUGCUGCUCCUCAUGUGA